GGCGCUCAGUCAGCCAGAGGCAGGCGGACUGUGUGCCACCACUCCAGCUCUAAUUCUCCACGUCAACACUUAAGUGUGCAUCAUCCAAAAAAAUAAAUAAAAUACCAGCGAACAUGGAGCACACCUAUGACACAGUAGAUCAAGGGAUUGUGGUCGAAAACGGAGGCCGCGAUGGAGCUGACAGCCCGGACCAAAAACAGCCCAACCGCGAGGACGCAGGUGAUGCCAGGGCGCAGCUGUACAGCGAAGUGCAGGUCCACGUCUCCGCGGAGGGAGAGCGCAGCUCGCCGGACUACAUGGAAAUCAGGGAGGGAGACAAACACAGCGGCUCGUCUUCCUCAUCCAGCGACGACGAGGAUGAAGUUAAGGCAAAAGAAGAGGCAGAGGAAAAAGUGGAGGUGACAAUCGAGCCGCAGCCCGUGGAAGAGGUAAAUGUGGCGGAGGAAGAGGAGAAGAAGGAGGAGAAGGGGGAGAAGGAGGCGAGCGGCGAGGCGCACGACAGCUCCAGGCGUUCGUCGGCCUCCUCGGGAUCAUCCGCCCCUGCGGGAGACCCGUGCGACGACCCGCCCAUCCAGCCUCGGAUCAAGGUGGAGGAUAAUGCCGAGGAUGGGAUGGCGCACACGCCGACCGACGCUGACCCCACACCGGAGGUGUCCGUCGACGACAUCCUGACAACUCUGGAGAAUGUCACUCUGGAUGAGAGCAGCGCUGCUCCGGAUGACCCCAGCAAUCCUGAAAUCUCCCUGUUCGUCAAGGCAGGCAGUGAUGGAGAGAGCAUCGGCAACUGUCCCUUCUCUCAGCGCCUCUUCAUGAUCCUCUGGCUCAAAGGAGUCGUGUUCAACGUCACGACCGUCGACCUCAAGAGGAAACCAGCAGACCUGCACAACCUGGCCCCGGGGACCCACCCUCCUUUCCUGACCUUCAACGGAGAGGUCAAGACCGAUAUCAACAAGAUUGAGGAGUUUCUCGAGGAAACACUCUGUCCUCCGCAGUAUCCCAGACUGGCCGCCAAGCACAGAGAGUCCAACACAGCUGGAAACGACAUCUUUGCCAAGUUCUCAGCCUACAUCAAGAACACCAAACCAGAAGCCAACGCCGUUCUAGAGAAAGGUUUAACCAAAGCCCUGAAGAAGCUAGAUGACUACCUGAACAGCCCACUGCCAGAGGAGAUCGAUGCAGACAGUAUGGAGGAAGAGAAGGCCUCCAGCAGAGGCUUCCUGGACGGGAACGAGCUGACUCUAGCAGACUGCAACCUGCUUCCUAAACUGCACAUAGUCAAGGUUGUUGCUAAGAAGUACCGCAACUACGACAUCCCAUCAGACAUGACGGGGGUGUGGCGGUAUCUGAAGAAUUCCUACGCACGCGAUGAGUUCACCAACACCUGUGCCGCUGACCUGGAGAUCGAGACCGCCUACAAAGACGUGGCGAGGCGACUGGCCAAGUAACUCGCCAACUGACCCGAGCCCUGGCAAAAUAAACCAGCAUCACAAACAUCACUUCUCAACAAACACGUGACUGUCAUUGGUAGAAGGCUUCUGGUCUGUCAUAGUAAACAGAUCAGAAGUCUGCGCUGGAGGGUGGCGCCUUGCCAGCUCCAGAUGUGAUGGAUUUCAGUCAUUCGGCGCGUAUGGUAUUUCAAUAUAGCAGACAUGGCAAAGCAGAAGUGGAGCAGAAGAUAAAUCAAAUACAUUUAACUUGAUUGGCAAUCCAAAAGCACGUUCAAAUUUUGCUGCUGUGAAACUUCUGACAUAACUCACUUUUUUUUUUUCUUUCACUAGAACACGAUUGUGUCUGUCUGUAUUUAUUCCUCGUGACUAACACAAAGCUCUCUUUCAUACAUGCUCCAGCACACGGCCAAACGUUUUACUAGCUGCUGAUGUCAAGGUCGUUGCUUUAUUUAUUCCCAAGCCCACAGAAGUCUAGUCUGACUCCAGUGUUUAUUAUCGAGCCCUGGCUCCCGGGGUAGACACCUUGAUUCAUCUGUGACUGAUGAUUGAUGCUAAUUGUUUGCUGAAUACGGCCGUACCAAUCUGGAGUUUCAUUUCGGUCGGCACUCACUGCUGCAGCGGUAGUUUUAUUUUUAUUUCUUCUGGAGCUUGUAUGUGGAGAUUCCCCCCUGAUUCUUAAAGUUUGACUUGAAGGAAACAAUAUUUAGAUUUGACUGGACAAAAUGUAGCAAACGAUGAGCUUUAACAAAGCUUGAAUUGCUUAUAUGCAUGGAAGAGUUUUAAAAUGUAAUAUUGAAACCUGAUAUGGAGCCUGUUUCAAAAAAAAAAAAAAAAAAAUGAAUGAAAAACUACGUGCUUUUUUAUUUGGAAGUGUCAGAAAUCCACGCCAAUGUCACUGAUGGACUCAUUCUGAAAAAUGUACUGCAGCCAGAGCUGAGACGUUUGUUUUGCCUCCAGCUAUUAGUGUUCGGUCUAGGUAUUGAUUUUGUCUUAAGUUACGCAUGAUAUUAUAAAUGGAGAGAGUAUUUAUUUAGCAGCCCCAAUCAGGCCUGAUUGGGCAGAGCCAUUAGUGCUGCGAUGAAAAGCGUCUUCCAGGCCAGGUCCGCGAUGGUCAGGAGUCCUGCCCUCCAGCCCUUCAUCAGAAAGACAUUUCCUUUUACUGAGGAGUCUAUCAACAUCCGCUGCCUAAAAAGUUAAAGUUCAAAAGUUUCAUUGUCCGCUCGGAGAGGAUGGAAAUUUGCCUUGGGGCUUAUCGUCUUUGGCUUGGUAUCAGGCUGCGACUGUAGCAAGACUUCCUUGAAGAACCUUGUGGCUCUUGUGUGGUUUUGGACAAACACAUGAUAUGAAAUCGGAGCAUGAUGACUGAGAGGCUUGCUCGUUGCAGAGCUCUGCAAAUAAAAUAAUAUUUUCACA